AUGGGUCUACGAGACAUCUUGAAAAAGAAGGACAAGCUCGAGGAUAGUAGCGACGACAACAGGAGGGAAGAUGCAGUGAAGAACCUCCAGGCCCCAGAGUUCACCUUCAUCCGCUCCGAUACGCACUCGCACGAGGUGAUACAACCACCAAGCGACCCCAGUAGUCAGAAUGCCAGCCACGAGAACGUGAACUUCCUCAGCGCAAGUGAUGCUGAGUACUCCGGGGGGUCAGGGUUGGCCUCACGGCCACGUCGCAUCUCCGACGCCUUCAAGCCACGCUCGAGAGGCUCGUCAGCCUCCAGCCGGCCCAGCAGCAUGCCCGCUCCCGACAAGGGCGGCCCCAGCCGUCGCAUCUCGCAGCGUCUACACCUGAAGCGGUCUCCAGCUAGCUCCGAGAACGUGCCUGAGAACCUGCCCGAGAUCGUCGUCGCUGGGGGCGAGGACGAGGCCGAGAAGCAGUGGGAGAAGCGCGCGACGAUCCUCGCCAAAACAGCCAACGAGAACGAGCUGCAACGGGGCCGUCCUGCCAGCCCCACCACGGACCCUUACGUCGCUGCCGGGAUCCAGGGCGGGCUCGGGAGCAUGCGGAUCAGCAACGACCAGAGGCAAAGCAAUGCUGUCGCGAGCUCGCCAGCCAUCGACGCCGACAUCCAGGAGGCCAUCCGCCUGCACGAGGAAGGCGAGCUGAAGGAGAGCACCAGGCUGUUUGGAAUCCUGGCCGAUCCGAACGGGGCAAAUAACCCGCUGAGCCAGGUGCUCUACGGUCUGGCAUUGAGGCACGGAUGGGGCUGCGAACCGAUACCCGAAAAGGCAGUGUUUUACCUGUCUGCUGCCGCCAAGAAUGCCGCCGAUGUCGAGAGUCUGGCUCUGCAGGCCGGCCUCAAGAAGGGCGGUGCGGCCAAGGGAGAACUGGUCCUGGCCAUAUUUGAGCUAGCCAAUUGUUUCCGCCAAGGCUGGGGCAUCAACAAGGACCCGAUUGCCGCUAAGCAGUACUAUGAAACAGCUGCAAAUCUCGGAGACACAGACGCCAUGAACGAGGUAGCAUGGUGCUAUUUGGAAGGAUUCGGCUGCAAGAAGGACAAGUAUUCGGCCGCCAAGUACUACCGUCUGGCCGAGAAAAACGGUAACAAAACGCUGGGAAACUCUUGGAUCUGGAAAGACAAGUACAACCCCGAAAACAGGAAAAAUGGCAAGAAAUAG